AUGAUUGAUGACACAUUGACACCACUAACACAUUGUCUCAGUCACCAGAUUUUGCCCCCCCUGUAUUUCCAGGUUUUGGAUGCUUAUGAAGAUGAGUAUGGAGGAAUCAUCAUCGAAUCAGAGAGAUUGCCUUGGAAUGCAAAUGUCUUUGCUUCUGCCCUGCGAGCAUCUCUUUCCCAGUGGAAAGUUGAGACUCCAGUUCAUGAAAGGUUUCUGAAACUUGAUAAGAAAACUGCCGAUCUUGUUGGUAAUGAGAAGCUGAAGGCUAGUGCCAGUGUUAGACAUCUUGUUCUUCCCUGUACGCGUCAAGCAAGAGUACAACUUAUUCCAGAUAUUAUUCACUGUUAUAGCCGUGGAGGCCGUACCAUUAUUUUUACUGAGACAAAAGAAUCUGCAUCUGAACUUGCUGGAUCAUUACCUGGGUCGAGGGCUUUGCAUGGAGAUAUAGUGCAAGCUCAACGGGAAGUCAUACUUGCUGGAUUUAGGUCAGGCAGGUUUUUGGUUUUGGUGGCCACAAAUGUGGCUGCACGUGGCUUAGACAUCCAGGAUGUGCAAUUGAUUAUUCAGUGUGAGCCCCCACGUGAUGUUGAAGCCUACAUCCAUCGUUCAGGGCGAACUGGGAGGGCUGGCAAUACUGGAGUUGCUAUAUUGCUAUACGAGCCCAGAUAUUCAUAUAGCAUUUCUAGAUUAGAAAGAGAAUCAGGUGUCAAAUUUGAGCACAUCUCUCCUCCGCAACCUGCUGAUGUUGCUGAAUCUGCUGGAUCUGAUGCGGCUAAAGCUAUCUCAAACAUCUCUGAUAGCGUGAUUCCAGUUUUUCAGUCACAAGCAGAGCAACUUUUGAGUUCCUCUGGUUUAUCAGCUGUGGAUUUACUUGCAAAAGCACUGGCAAAGGCUGCAGGAUACACUGACAUAAAACAAAGAUCCCUGCUCUCUUCUAUUGAGAACUAUGUAACCCUACUUCUUCAGGCAGGAAAGACAAUCGACUCACCAGCGUUUGCUUUUAGUAUCUUGAGAAGAGUCUUGCCUAAUGAAAAUAUUGGCGGGGUGAAGGGCCUUUCUCUUACCGCUGAUGGAGUGGGAGCGGUGUUUGAUGUGCCUGCUGAUGAUGUGAAUGCAUUCGUUGAAGUUAUGUUGAAUGUACCAUUUAGAAAUUAUCCGGUCUGUGUUUUAAUUGUGCCUUAGUUUAUUUAGUGUUUCUGUAUUCGGGUGCCAAUACACGAACUAUUGUCUAAGUUCGGUGUUGGUGAUUGUCAGAAAUGUCAAUCCCGGUAUAUACAUUGUUCUGGUAAACUGGCAAAGAAUUAUGUUGUUCAACUACUAGACCUCAACAAAUGAAUUAUUAGGAUGCUAAGACAAUUUACAAUUCAGAUUUUGUCAUUGUUAAUAAAGAUACUGUCUACAUCAGGAGCUUGGAUA